GUCGAAGGACACACAAUGUCAUAGUAACCAUCUUUACAGUGUAAUAGCCUCUUGCCUCCACCUUGAUUGCAUAGCUUGUUUCUAUCAAGUUUAAAUUCACACCAUUGGAAACCAACUGCUUCAAGAUGGUACGAGCCCUCAGCCAACUACGUCUUCUCCUCUGGAAGAACUUCCUCCUUCAACUCCGACGGACCAUUGCGACCAUCUUUGAGAUCCUCAUCCCAGUUCUCUUUGCGUGUAUUCUCAUUGGUAUCAGGCAUGCAGUGGAUUACACUGUCUACCCCAAUUCCACCAUCUACAACACCUUUGAUAUCAACAACCUACCACACAAUCUCUCUAUCUUUCCAAUCCCUGUGACUGUGUGGCAGAUGGCGUAUGCGCCUAACACAUCCGCAACAAACAAGAUAAUGUCAAAUGUUGUCAGAAGCCUUAGCAAGCCAUUCAUUAGCCUUGCAGAUGGUCCAGGUUUUCCAACAGAAGAUGCUAUGCUGGGUUACUUUGCCCAGCUCAAUAAUUCCAAGGUAUCACCUUUGUUGGGUGGUAUCACAUUCCAUAAUGAAUUCCCGGAGAAUGGCGAUCUACCAUCCAAUCUCACCUACAGUAUAAGAUUAUCAUCAAGUCCAAGGAAUGCUCCUGGUAUGAACCCAUCGGACGAUGAGACACUGAACAAUCAGAAGAGUGAAUGGAAGACUGAUGAGCUCUUUCCUUUCAUCAUGACAAUGGGACCAAGGAGUAAAGAGUAUUCAUGGGGCGGUGACCCAGGAUAUAUGAGGGAAGGAUUCCUUUCCCUUCAGCAUGCCAUAGACAAGGCUUUCCUGCAGUACGUGGACCCCAGUCUGACGGAUGAGUUCAGGAUUGAGAUGCAGCGUUACCCCUACCCUCCGUACUUAGAUGAUCUCUUCAUCUUAGCCAUUCAAGGCCAGCUACCUUACCUUCUCUUCAUCAGCCUUGUCUAUCCUAUGAUUAACAUUGCAAGGACCAUUUGUCAUGAGAAGGAAAAGAGACUAAAGGAAUCAAUGCGUAUGAUGGGGCUCAGCAAUUGGCUACACUGGACGGCCUGGUUCAUCAAAUUCUUUGUCUUUCUCCUCAUCUCAACAAUCUUCAUGACCGUACUUUACACUGUCCCUGUCGGACCACAGGGGGCGAUAUUUAAAAGCAGUGGACCUACUGUAAUAUUUGUCUUCCUGCUUCUCUAUGCUAUGUCCACUAUUGCUCUGUCUUUUGCUGUCAGCGUCUUCUUCUCGAAAGCCAACACCGCUACUGCAGCAGCAGGGAUUGUGUGGUUCCUCUCCAUUGUCCCCUAUACCUUCAUGUUCAAUGCCUAUAGCUAUUUAUCAGCUGCCGAGAAGGCAGCAGCGUGUCUGCUUUCUAACUCGGCCAUGUCCAUCGGUCUCCUACUCAUCGGAGUAUUUGAAGGAACUUCUGAAGGAGUCCAGUGGUCAAACAUGGCUCGUCCGGCCACUGCUGAUGAUAACUUCACAUUCCUAGCCGUUCUCAUCAUGCUCCUAGUAGAUACCAUUCUCUAUCUCCUCAUUGCAUGGUAUUUUGAAGCUAUUUAUCCCGGGGAAUACGGCAUUCCCAAACCCCUAUAUUUCCCUUUCACAAGGAGCUAUUGGUUUGGACCUAAGAAGGGUAGCUAUGAUGUAGAUGUGGAGAGUUCACCAGUACUCAACGGAUCAUCAUCACACCAUGAGUUUAUAGAGAGAGACCCUGUCGGAAUCAAGGCAGGAGUUCAGAUUAAAAACCUCAAGAAGGCAUUUGGAAAGAAGGUAGCCGUGAACGACCUUUCAAUCUCAAUGUACGAGGGUCAGAUCACAGCUCUCUUGGGUCAUAAUGGAGCAGGUAAGACGACCACCAUCUCCAUGCUGACCGGGCUCUUCCCACCGACGUCAGGCACGGCGGUGGUCAAUGGUCACGACAUCCGUAUCGACAUCGAUGGUGUCAGGUCCAACCUGGGUCUAUGUCCUCAGCAUGAUGUACUCUUUGAUGACAUGACAGUGGAGGAACAUUUGUAUUUCUUUGCCAAGCUGAAGGGCUACCCACAUGAGGAUGUACAGGAUGAGAUAGAUCGUUACAUUGCUUCAGUAGGACUGGAGGAUAAGAGAUCUGUCAAGUCAAAGUCUCUCUCUGGUGGUAUGAAGAGGAAGCUGUCUGUUGGUAUUGCUCUUAUUGCAGAUUCUAAGAUUGUGAUGUUAGAUGAGCCAACGUCAGGGAUGGAUCCAUCCGCCCGUCGGUUCACCUGGGAUCUCCUCCAGCAGCAUCGUAAAGGACGUACCAUGAUCCUCACCACUCACUUUAUGGAUGAAGCUGACCUCCUAGGUGACCGCAUCGCUAUCAUGGCUGAUGGUCAGAUCAAGUGCUGUGGAUCAUCUCUCUUUCUCAAAAAGAAAUAUGGUAUUGGAUAUCACAUGGUCAUCGCGAAAUCGGCAGACUGCAAUGUGAAUGCAGUCAGUGAUGUCAUCAAGGAGCAUGUCUCCGGAGUACAGAUGGAGAACAAUGUUGGUGCAGAACUCUCUUAUAUUCUACCAGAGGAAUCCGUAGCUCACUUUGAGGGUCUCUUCUCGCAGCUAGAGACACAGAAGAAAGAGCUUGGGAUUGAUAGCUACGGUGCAUCAGUGACUACCAUGGAAGAAGUCUUUCUAAAGGUGGGCAUGAACCUUGGCCAGGAGGAAGAGAAUGAAGCACGUUACAGAAGCAUGUCCAACGCUGAAGCCAGCCUUGAAAGUCUUCCUAAUGGAAAGACAGAGAAACCCGAAGGACCGGGCAAAGACCAGUCCUAUGACAAUGCUGCAUACGUUGUGGAUGAAGCAGAGAAUGAAUCAGAAAUGGUUGAGAGCGUCAACAGCCAAGGAUCUAUAAUAGUUCCCGACCUUAACACAGGCAUUGUGCUGUACUGGCAGCAGUUCCGUGCCAUGUUCCUGAAGCGAGUCCUUCACACAUGGCGCAACAUGAUCCUCAUCAUCGUCCAACUCUUUAUCCCUAUCAUCUGUACACUGUUUGCCAUCCUGGCUUCCAAGAUCUUGCCAUCCCCCGGGGAUUCUAAUUCCAUCACGCUCAACAUGCAAACGUAUGGUGACAACACGGUGGCUCCCUUCACCUCGUACGAUCCAUCCAGCUCAGCCAUUAAUGACCUCACCAGAGUAUAUGCAGAACAGUUUGUCAACACUGGCACUACUGCAGUCAACAUCUCCACCAAUGCCACCUACGACAUGUUAGACUACCUGAUUGACGAGCGAGAGGAAACGCUGUCAGAGUUCUUCCGGGUCAAUCUGAUUGCAUCAACGUUUGACGAUGUGAUCCUGCCAAACAACGCUACCCGCUCGGAAGGUGUGGCACUUUUCCAGGAGCAGCCCUACCACACCCCUCCUAUUGCCCUCAAUGCCAUUGACAAUGCUCUACUACGUUACUAUCUGAACGAUAGCUACCAGAUCACCACUAUCAAUCAUCCGUUGCCAAGGACGAUUGAAGAGCAAGCCAGUGACCAGCUCAACAUUGGUGUCCAGACAGGGUUUGCUAUAUCUUUCAACAUGCUCUUUGGGAUGUCUUUCCUGGCUAGUAGCUUUGUGGUGUUCAUAAUCAAGGAGAGUACCGUGAAAUCAAAGCACGUCCAGUUCAUCAGCGGUGUCCGCAUCUCCAACUUCUGGUUCUCCACAUUCGUCUGGGAUCUAAUAAACUACCUUGUACCUUGCAUCAUCUGCGUUAUCAUCUUCAUCCUCUUUAGCAUCGAGGCAUAUGCCGGUAUCAACAGCCUCUCUGUACUCCUCAUUCUCUUCCUCCACGGAUGGGCCAUCAUACCCCUCAUGUAUCUCCUCUCGUUCCUCUUCUCCACGCCCUCCACUGGGUUUGUUGCCCUCACCAUGUUCAAUAUCAUCUUUGGGUCGACGACUUACAUCGCCGUGGAGAUCCUGUCGGUACCGGAGCUUGGGCUGGUUUACAUUGCUAAUAUUCUGAGUUGGACGUUCAUGUUCUGUCCAUCCUUCUGCCUCGGGUCAGCCUUGUCUGAUUAUUACAACAAUUAUCAAAUCCUCAAGAUCUGCACAGAGAAUGUGGUUGCUAGACAACUUUGCGAUUCUCAGCCAGAUAUCAAAUACCAAGAGAAUAUGUAUGCAUGGGAGGAUCCUGGAAUCGGGAGGUUUGUUAUCUUUAUGGCCAUAGAGGGCGUAGUAUACUUUGCGUUGGUCUUCAUUCAUGAGCUGGGAUGGAUCAGGAAUAUCAGAUACCUCCUACAGAGAAAGAAAGCCAUCAAUGUGGUCGAAGACACACCAGCUAGUAAUACUGAGGAUGAAGACGUUGCUGCCGAGAGGAGGCGGAUCCAGAGCACGCCCAAAGAAGAGCUGUUCAGGACCAACGUCCUGGUGAUGGAGGAUCUGCGGAAAGUCUACCCUGGGACCAGGCGGAAGGAUCCAUUGGUUGCUGUCCAUGGAACAUCUCUAGGAGUGCCUCCCAGGGAAUGCUUUGGGUUGCUAGGGGUCAACGGAGCUGGGAAGACCACUACAUUCAAGAUGCUGACAGGGGAUGAAGAUGUGACUGGUGGAGAGGCCUAUGUUGAAGGUUUCAGUAUCAAGGAUGACUUGCAGAUGGUUCAGCAGCGAGUAGGGUACUGCCCUCAAAGCGAUGCCUUGAUUGAUCAGAUGACAUGCAGGGAAACCCUGUUCAUGUAUGGUAGAUUACGAGGUAUGCCCGAGAUUAGGAUACCUCCUCAGGUUCAUAAGCUGCUUCGUAUCUUCAACCUUGAGCCGCACGCCGAUAAACAGGCAAAGGCACUCAGCGGAGGUAACAAGCGUAAGCUGAGUACAGCGAUAGCCCUGAUAGGUGACCCACCCAUUGUCUUCUUAGACGAACCUUCUACCGGUAUGGAUCCCGUUACCAGGCGGUUGCUAUGGGAUGCACUCUGUAAAGUGCGAGAUGAAGGAAGGUGCAUUAUAUUAACAUCACACAGUAUGGAAGAGUGUGAAGCCUUAUGUACCAGGCUUGCUAUCAUGGUCAAUGGAGGUAUCAAGUGUUUAGGGUCAACGCAGCAUUUGAAGAGUCGAUUCGGUCAUGGCUACACCCUCCUGGCCAAAGUAGCUAUAUCAAUAGAGGGCGGUAUACCAGACUUACAACCUCUAAAGGAUUUCAUCAUGGAAGCGUUUCCAGGGAGCACUUUGAAAGAUGAGCAUCAGGGUAUGGUGCACUAUCACAUCACAGAUCCAUUACUAACAUGGGGAAAAGUAUUCGGGACCAUGGAAAGGGCCAAGACCACCUAUAAUAUAGAGGACUAUUCGGUCAGCCAGACCACCUUGGAACAGGUCUUCGUUAACUUUGCCAGAAUGCAGAGGGAGGAUCUCAACUUGUAGAGGCUAUUUUGAUAUUCACAUGAUAUAUUAUUUUUAUAUUUUAAAGUAUAUAGUGUAUGUACAGUAUCCAAAAGAAGUGAAUAAAUACACCAUGGAUAUAUAGAUUAAUAAGCAUAAUUUUGUAUGCAGCUUCAAUAGGAACAGAUCAUUGGGUUGGUGCAAGAAUGCCCUUAACACUAUACUUUCGCGCAUCGCAUGCAUCUUAAAACGCCCUUGGUAGCUUGCAUAAGUGCAUUGCGUAUGGGCGUUUCUGCACCAAUGCGGAGUGCAAAAUGUUUUGCCAAGGGCAUUCUUGCACCGUCACGACAAAAUGUUCAUGGUUUGAAAGAAAUCAAAUAUUUUAUUUAUUCUCUAUUAUUCAGUUAUUAUUUGGAUUGAAGAAGGUCUUUUGGUGAAGAGCAGCACUGAAUAGUUAUUUUUUAUGAUUGGUGAAAAUCACUUCUGUUGGAUGUACUUUAUGACAGUGCAACGUAGAAAUAGUUAUAGAACAGAUUGCUUAAAAUGUACUGGUAUAACAUUCAAAUUAAAUAGAUUUUGCCAAAGAUGUGUAAUAUAUUUUCACUUGAGAUGAUUGUGAUCUGUGUUUUUUUUUAAGACUGAAAUUAUGAUUGUGACAAUGAGAUUUGAAUCCAGUCAAGAAUGAUUCUGGAUGUUUUAUUUUAUUGAUGUUUUAUAUAUCAUUAAGAAAUAACAGUUUUAAAGAAAAUGUACAACAUUAACAAAGAGGGCUAAAGAUGGUGAUGAUCGUGGUGGUGAUGAAUAUUUAUUACUCUUUAUACUCUGCCACCAAAAGUAAGAUGGUUUGUAUUAAUUUGUUUCUACGAAUAGCAACGUGAAAAUAUUGAGGUUUUUACAUUUUACAAUUAUCAAGAUUAAUUCUUUGACUCUUGGGGUGGUUCGUGAAAAUUGUAUUAUUACAUGAUACAAGCUACAAUAACAACCUCUCAUUUCCAAGCUAAAAUGAUGUGAGGUAUUUUCAAGUCAAUACAUAUAUGUAUAAAGUGUUAUACAAAUUAUUAUACAAAUUUAUUAGGUUUGCUUUUAAGUAUGUCAAAUAUAUUUAAGUUUCUUUUUUGGUGCAAAAUAUUGAUAUUGCUUUCAUUUUAACAGUUACUAUGAAAUUUUAACAUUGUCUGAUAUAUGUUACUUAUAAUUAUAAUUGAACAAGUCUUUUGGUAUUUUUUUGACAUCUGCGGAUUGGGUAAAAUUAUACUCUUUGUACUGCUUUUACACAUUUGCAAUAUAUAUUCAAAAUAUAACUAUAUACACGUUUAUACAGUAUACUUACAGUACAAAUUAGAAGGCAAUUUGAGAAUUAAAGUGUAAUUUUUAUCAUUUUUUUAUUAUUCAAUGUGCGAUAUGAAUAUUAUGCACAACAUGAAUGUUUUGUUGUGUUAAAACAUUUUUUUAUUAGGAUAUGGCAGUAAUCAUAUUACUUUAUUAUAUCAGACCUCUUUUUAUCAAGAUUCCAUUGUCAAGAUAUUAGCACAAUAGAAGUGGACACCUUGCAUAAUAAUGGUAGCUAUGCCAUCCAGUCAUAACUUCCAUUUGAUUGGCUGUUGAGCAUUGUUACUAUGCUAGUUGACAUUAAAUGAAACAAACCCAGAAGGCAAUAGAAUACCUGAUAGAAAAGAAAAGUUUAAUAUGAAGUUGAAUAGAAAAUGUGACCUUAACUUUUUUUUCUCAAAGAAAUAGUAUUGGUAUUAUGUACAAAUGUAGGGAAGUGACCUGGAACAUUCUUUUCAGUACUUGGCUUUCUUUAUUUCAAAGGGGGAUCAGUCGCCCCUAUGCCCCAAGCGAACACACUGGUGCCCAAUCUUAUUCAUAACAUAUACAUAAAUGUGCGGAAGUACAAAUGAUUGGAAUUUUAAAUACUAAAGACCAAUAUGUCAGCUGUAUUAUCACCAUUUUUUUUCAAGUUAGGAACCAACAAGUACUUUCUUUUAAAUUCCAUUUGUGGUGCCUUUAGCUAUAGUGGCUUAUUCUGUUGAAAAUAGAUGAUUGAUUUUUGCAUUUUUGUAUCAUUCAACGUUUACUUAAGAGAAAUGUUCUGUAUAUAUUUGAUCAAUGAGAAUGAAAUUAACUUUUUCAUAGAUGAGAGUUUAUAGGAAAUAUUUAGUUGAUAUUUAUGAAAAAAGAAAAAUAUUAUUGCAUAGACUUAGAUUUAAAGUCUAUAUUUUAUUUCUACCUACACAUUUACGUAUAGUUUUAUUAAGCAUUACAUGUUAAGUUCAUGUGAGCAUACCUUUAUAUCAAAGUGCAAAAAUAUGAUGUAUACGUAUGUCAAAUAGACAUCUCUUUUUUGUCUGCCAUUGGCAAUGUAUGUUCUUAUAUACUUUCUUUGGAGAAACAAAUAUAGAGAAUUGUAUUUAUGGGUAUUUGUGACAUAACUGUUUUAUUUCUCACUUAGAAUUGCGAUAUUAUGUUUUAUUUGUAAUGAAUGUUUUGUGAUGUUCUCAAAAUGUAAUGAGUAUUUUAUUUGUAAUUUAUUGCUAUAAUUGAAGGAUAAUGAUGCAGAUGCGUAAUUUAUUGCAAAAACUUUCAAGAGGAUUGCAUUUUGAAAAUGUGAAAGUGAAGAAGCAAAAACAAAAAGACAAAAAUUGGGAGGGGGGGGUGGUUAGUUAUUAAUCCUAUUUGAGACUUUGCAUGUAAAAGUCAGAAUUCACCAGACAUUCCAAGAAAUUGAGUGAAAAUUAGGAUGGAUUUUCAUUUUAUUUGGACUUUUUGCAAUCAGAAUGCACAUUUAAAGUAUAAUUCUGAGUACUCAUUAUCAUUAUUAUAAAUGUGUACAAUGCAAAUGUUUUAUCAUUGAAUUUUAAAAAAUAGGAUGAAUUCAUAGCAUAAGCAGGAAUACCACUUGUGGUAAAAGCAGUAUGCAACAUAUUUUUAUUAUUGAAUUUGUCUUUAAUUUGUUCAUCAAGUAAAUGAAAUGUAUCUUUAUAAUAUAUAUGAUAUAAAAUGCUCAA